AUGCAAACGUCGUUGUUUGUGGUGGAGGAUGGUGCUUCCUUACGCCCCCCUCCUCUUGUUUUGUACAUCUAUCUUCGGUUAAAUCUUGGCUUUUCUGUACACCUGGUCUCCCCCCCUUUUUUCUCUUUCAUUAACUCCCCCAUUUACUUUAUCUCUCACGUCUCGUGGAUUUUUAUUGCCGCAUGGGAACAGCAAAUACCCCCACCUUCUCUUCCAACUUCUCUCUUAGAUUCUCUCACAACCACGAUCAUCGCCCUCCCAUCGAAAUCUAUCUAUCUAUCUAUCUAUCUAUCUAUCUAUCUAUCUAUCUAUCUAUCUAUAAUAAACGUCUAUGCAAAUAUCGAUGAAUGUGCUUUAGACAACGUCGGCUGUAGCCAUAAAUGCGUCAACACGCAUGGAAGUUACGAAUGUAUCUGUCCGAAAGGUUUUAAGACACAAAGCGACAUGAAAACAUGUAAAGAUAUAGAUGAGUGUUCGAUGUCAUCGAUGUGUGAUCAUAUUUGUAUCAACACGCCGGGCAGUUUUCACUGCAAAUGCAGAGACGGAUACCAACGAUAUGGAGUGACACAUUGUGCGGAUAUCAAUGAAUGCAAAAGUAACAUUGGCGGGUGUGAGCACGAAUGCGAAAAUACAGUUGGAAGCUUCAAGUGCAAAUGCCGGGAAGGUUAUCGCCUGCAUCAAAACAAACUCGAUUGCAUCAAGGAUGGAGUUUGUUUGCGUCUACAAGCCCCACCUAAAGUUCAACUUAAGUGCCAGAAAGUCGAUGAAACUGAAAUAUGCAUCUUCCAAUGCAACCCAGGAUCCCGAUUCACCACAGAAACACUUCAUACAGAAUACACGUUCAUCUGCAAUAAAGAAACUAAUUUUGAAUGGUCGUUUAAUAACCAAACAUAUACUAUUCUACCAGGAUGCUCAGAGGCCGUUUCUCCACCGAGUUUCAAACGAAAAGCCUCCUUCCUGAUGACUGGUGAAAGAUGUCGAACAAAGAAACAUGUGAUUGAAAGUUUCAAAGAGAACUUGUCUCAAACUCUACACAAGAAGAAGCGCUACAAAUGUUCUAAGUCCUGUCGCGUGAACAACGUCAGCCUUGAAUGUGGUACCAAACGUAGGCGUUUCUGGCAAGAAACAGGCAAGCAAAAGGCUCUCAUUACAGCCGAGUUUGAGAUUGAAGUCCGCCCCAAAUCACCAACCGACUCGUGUGACAUUGCCUGCAUGAGGAAAAAGACGGAGCGACGAUUAAAGAAAACAAUAAAGCGUCUGCGAAAGUCGAUAAAUAAAGAGAAGUUUUCAGUGAAAUUUGACAACGUCAUUUACGGUGUGAAGAAACGAUCUUUCAAAGCGGGGAAGACUGUAAUGACUUGCACAAAAGGAAGUCUUGUCGUAAAGGAUAUCUGCGUGGCUUGCGCUAUUGGUAAUUACCACGACACUAUUACAAACCAGUGUUUACCUUGCACCAAAGGAAGUUACCAAGAUACGGAAGGACAAGCUGAAUGUAAGAUCUGUCCAAACAUGGCUGAAAGACGCGGAAUCUUGGGAGCAAGAAACACUUCUGACUGCAAAGCUUUGUGCGGCCCCGGUUAUUUUUCCGCGACUGGAAUGGAGCCAUGUCAACCAUGUCCCAUCGGAACAUACCAGAGGGAUAUUGGUCGCAAUAGGUGUAUUCCAUGUGGCAACAAUCUCAAGACAAAGCGUGUAGCAUCCAUCGGAUUCCAGGAUUGCCUUGCGAAAGAAAUAUGCAAACCUGGUCAGUUCUACGAUGUUGAUAAAGAAACUUGUGUUGAAUGUCCAGUCGGAUUUUACCAAACGGAGUCGAGUCAGAAUUUCUGUUCAGCCUGCCCGGGAGACACAACCACAGAUUAUAGUAAUAGUAAAAAUAGCUCAGAUUGUAAAGAUAGAAAAUGUGGAGGAUACAUUGGCCGAUACCGUGGGCAUCUGGAGAGCCCCAAUUAUCCAGGCGACUACCCAAAUAAUAUUGAUUGCACUUGGUUCAUCAAGCCAGCUAAGGGUCGUCGAAUCUUGAUUAUUAUCCCAGAGAUAUUUUUGAGGGCUGAAGAUACGUGCGGCGAUCAGCUGAUGAUGCGUAAAUCAAAAUCUGCAUUUUCUUUACAAACUCAUGUGACAUGUGUGAGCUCAGAAAAACCGCAAGCCUAUGUUGCCAGAUCUCGGAAUUUGUGGAUCACCUUUAAAACUGAUAAGAAAAAUUCAGGUGCUGGAUUUUCUAUACCAUAUGUUACUUAUAAUGAAGAAUACCAAGACUUGAUGGAAGAUAUAGUUACCGAUGGCCAGCUGUAUAAACCUUAUCAACACCAACAAAUUUUCAAGAACCGGGACUUGUUAUCAGCUUUGUUGGAUGUUAUAGCUCAACCCAUCAAGUUUUACAUCCAAAAGUAUCCCGGUUCUUUAGCUAAAUCUGUUUGCUCAUCUGCUACUCCAUUUGUUCAUCCAGUCUCUCUCUCUCGCUCUGUGUUCUUUGACUUGAGGUUGUUGUGCUAA